CUUACUUCCAACUGUCUUUCACCGUCAUCCUGUCAUACUCUUAACCAUCCCAUUCACACAUUCAGACAUGUUACCCAGACAUUCAGACGUCUACCUUCGACACCCGAACCAAGUCACUUGACAAGAAUCAAAAAUAAACUAACGGCUAAUGCUUCUGUCUUCAAUAGGCUAACCCGUUCCCCGCAUCUACACCCCCAGUCCUCGUGUCGGAUGCUCGGGUUGCAUUGGAGACGGGUCGGGGACUAGCGUUCAAGCCUUUCCUUUUCCUCCCAUCGUCUCUUCCUGCGCCCAUGCAGUCCAAAUGUCGGAUCCAGAGAACUCUUCAAUACAUCGGUUAUUGACUCUGGAACGUGCGGACGAUGUGCCUGGGUGCAAGUGGAGACUGGUUCUGAGACUCCGCUACGAAGGGUCUCUUCCCCUAUUAAAGAAGCCCCGCCGCCUCCAUAAAAAAUCUUGAAAGUCUGGCAACUCAGUCCCACUCUGUCCACGCCGGGUUCCGAAGAAUUGAAUUACUCGACCGGGCCAACCUCUUCUUUACUUUUCUUUUUCUGGGCUCUAGCCUUUCGGUCAAUCUUCUAGCCACACGGCCGUUGAACACUCAAUUCGAGCCCACCCCGCCCGCUCACCAGCCCGGUCUCCUUUUCUCCCUCCGCACUGCUUGGGGACCGCAAUUUACCCUCGCCAUGGCUUCCACCAAGGCGGACGAUGUCGUCCAGCCGGCGUACGACUCGCCGCAGCCCUCUGCGAAAGAUCGUCGGGAUUCGACCUCCUCCGUGGCCAAGGUCAUUGAAAAUGCAAAGGCGGCCACGGAAAAGGAACGGAGCAUGACCCUGUUACAGGGGAUCAAGACCUACCCCAAGGCCGUCGCCUGGAGCGUCCUCAUUUCCACCUGUAUUGUCAUGGAAGGCUACGACAUUAGUCUGGUCAACAACUUUUACGCCUUUGACCAGUUCAAUCGCAAGUACGGUGAACUGACGUCGAAAGGAGAGUACGAAGUGCCAGCACGGUGGCAAGCCGGUCUCAGCAACGGUGCGUACGUCGGAGAAAUCAUCGGUCUCUUCAUCAACGGUUGGGCGUCGGAACGCUUCGGAUACCGCUACACCCUGAUCGCCUGUCUCAUUUUGAUCACCGCGUGGACCGCAAUCUUCUUCACCGCUCCCAACGUGCAAGCGCUGCUCGCCGCCGAGAUCCUCGCGGGUAUCCCCUGGGGCGUCUUCCAGACGCUGACCGUCACCUACGCGUCCGAGGUCUGCCCCGUUGCGCUACGCGGGUAUCUGACCACCUAUGUCAACUUCUGCUGGGGUCUAGGACAGCUGAUCGGAGUGGGAGUGAUCAAGGCCAUGAUCCCCCGCACCGACGAAUGGGCGUAUCGCAUCCCGUACGGUCUGCAGUGGAUGUGGCCGGCGCCGCUCCUCGUCGGGAUAGCCCUCGCCCCCGAGUCCCCCUGGUGGCUCGUCCGCAAAGGCAAAGCGCAAAAAGCCAAGCAAGCCCUGCUCCGACUGACGAGCGUAAACCGCGAGUCCGACUUUGACGCCGACGAAACCAUCGCCAUGAUGGUCCACACCACGGCCCUCGAGAAGCAAAUCACCCACGGCGCCAGCUACAUGGACUGCUUCCGCGGCACCGACCGCCGCCGCACCGAGAUCGUCUGCAUGGUUUGGGCGAUCCAGAACCUCAGCGGCAACACCUUCUCCAACUACUCGACGUACUUCUUCAAGCAGGCCGGCCUCGAUCCGUCCAAGGCCUACGCCUUCGCAAUGGGCCAAUACGGCAUCAACAUGGCGGGCGUCUUCGGCGCCUGGUUCCUCAUGACCAUCGGGCUCGGCCGCCGCACGCUCUACCUCUACGGCCUGUGCGGCCUCUGCGUCAUGCUCAUCGUCAUGGGCUUCCUCGGCCUCGUCCCCGACGAACACCGCGACCAGAGCGCUCUCGCGACCGGCUCCAUGAUGCUCAUCUGGGCCAUGUUCUACCAGCUUACCGUCGGCACAGUCGCAUACUCCCUCGUCGCGGAGUUCUCCACCCGCCGUCUGCAAAUCAAGACGGUCGUGCUCGGCCGCAACCUCUACAACGUCGUGGCCAUCAUCUGCGGCGUGCUCACGCCCUACAUGCUCAACCCGGACGCGUGGGACUGGGGCAACUACGCCGGCUUCUUCUGGGGCGGCAUCUGCUUCUGCUGCAUCGUGUACACCUACUUCCGUGUGCCUGAGCCGAUGGGCCGCUCCUUUGCCGAGCUGGAUCUGCUCUUCGAGCGGAAUGUCAGCGCGCGGAAGUUCGCGAGCACCUCUGUGGAUGUCUUUGAUGAGACGAUUGAGAAUUCCACGCUGCCGGAUUAUUUAGCGCAGAAGGAGGGUGUCGAUGUUACGACUUCGGAGAAGAGGUCUGCUGUUUGAUGGGUUUACCUGAUUAAUACUGUCUGGGAAAGGGAAAUAUUACUUAAUACUCUU